CCUGUGUAUACAAAGCAGUCAGCAGCCCUACAAUCCCAGCAGCUGAUGCAACAGCAAGCUGCCCUGAUGGCAGCAGCCCAGAUCCAGCAGUUGACCACUCUCCCCACAGCACCAAAUGGUUUGGUUUCUACUGCUAUGACCCCAACAACAGCCACACUAGGAAAUGCUGUGACUAAUGGUGACCCUCUACAAGCCUAUGCUGCUAUACCCUCGUAUGCUGGGAUAGCAUACCCUGCAGUCUAUGGUAGUUUCCAGCAGUUGACCCAGCCUGCAACUCUGAUACCCACAGCACAGAAGGAAGGGCCUGAAGGGUGUAACUUGUUCAUAUACCAUCUGCCACAAGAGUUUGGGGAUGGAGAACUGGCUCAGAUGUUUGUUCCAUUCGGCAAUGUUAUAAGUGCUAAAGUCUAUGUGGAUCGAGCAACAAAUCAGAGCAAAUGCUUUGGAUUUGUCAGCUUUGAUAAUCCUGCCAGCGCUCAGACUGCCAUUCAAGCAAUGAACGGAUUCCAGAUUGGCAUGAAGAGACUGAAAGUACAACUAAAACGUCCUAAAGAUGCCAACAGACCAUAUUAG